AUGUUGAUUAAAGUCAUCCUCACAUUGACAGCACUACUUGUGACCCAAGUUACUGCUCAUGGUCUCAUCACCCGUAUCAAAGGCGCCAAUGGUGUCGAUAUGCCCGGCUUAACGAUCAUUGAUGGGAUACCACGGGACUGCCCCUCUGCGGCAUGUGGCGCGCAAAAGGACACGGCAAUCAUCCGAGACCAGGAAAUGGGAGGUAUCAAGGCUUCGCCCUUGGGCCGUACUCUGGGGUCUGGUCCGGUGUAUGCGAACACAGUCAUUGACAUGUUCAUGGGCACUGUGACGCAGAAGCAGGCUCGCAUUUCCCGUUCAAAGAGGCGUAUGAGAUCCCUUUCCAAUUUGCGCAUCAAUGAGGUUAAUAUGUUAUCAGGUCGACAAUUGAUCAAUGAUGCUGCCAGUGUAAUCACUAAUGCCGGCGGAACUAUUCUUAACGGCGUUCAAGACAUUGCGGACAAAACCCCGUUGGGUGGAACUAUUAAGAGCGCCCAGUCCGCGGUUGAUGAUGCUCUCAGUAUUGUGCCAGGUAUAAAGUCCGGUGCAAUGACAGCCCAGGGCACCACCGAGAAUGGUAUCCAGUUAUACUCUGGCAAAGGUUCCAGCACGGGUCUUCCCACCGCUUCUCCAGAUGGUGUUGUCACAGUCAUUUACCAUCAGGUAAACCAAGACGGCGCUGGACCCCUCACAGCAGACAUUGAUCCGUCCAGUGGGGGAACCAAUGCAAAGGCAUUCGUGUCGGCUCAGGUAAUUCAGAACAUCCCGGGCGUGGCGGGCUUCUCAACAUCCAGCACUAUGGACUACGAGGUCAAAGUCCAGGUGCCUAAAGGGAUGAAGUGCACUGGAACAGUUGGUGCCGCCAAGAAUGUCUGCAUUCUACGUGUUCGGAACACUGCCAUCUCCGGGCCAUUUGGAGGCUCUGCUGCAUUUACACAGUGA